UUUGUUAGACUACCCAAAGACACCCCUUAGAAAUAUCUGUAGCAUAGGACCAAUCCUCCUAUUGUAAUUUUCUUUCUAUGCAUUGGCAGUUUCAUUUUUUCUUGUUUCUUUGACAUUCUUGGAUAUGAUUUAUUUCAUUUUUUUAUUGUUUGGUAAAAUUUCCAAUGGUUUGACUGUUUCAAUUUGCAUAUGUGGAAAGUAAGUAUUUCUUGUUCACUACGCUGUUCUAUGCUCUUUAUAAACUUUCAGAAACUUGGGUGUUUCAGUUCCCGCAGUGGCAGAUUGCAGUUCUUGUUCUAUCAGGUUGCAGAAUUUGGAGAAUAAGACAUGGAGGAGAAUUGUGCAAUCAAGAAAGAUGUUACUGAAUUAAUAGGUAAUACACCUAUGGUAUAUCUGAACAAUAUCGUGGACGGUUGUGUAGCUCGCAUUGCUGCCAAGCUAGAGCUAAUGGAACCUUGCUCCAGUGUUAAAGACAGGAUUGCAUACAGCAUGAUCAAAGAUGCAGAAGAUAAGGGCUUGAUUACAGCGGGGAAGACUGUCCUCAUUGAGCCUACCAGUGGUAAUACUGGCAUUGGAUUGGCUUUCAUUGGGGCAGCCAGGGGUUAUAAAGUUAUCGUUACAAUGCCAGCAUCUGUCAGCCUUGAGAGGAGAAUUGUUCUUCGAGCUUUUGGCGCUGAGGUAUACCUCACUAACCCUGCCAUGGGCAUUAAAGGGGUUAUAGACAAGGCUGAGGAGAUACUAAAUAAAACACCUAAUGGUCACAUGCUUCGGCAAUUUGCAAAUGCUUCCAAUCCACAGAUUCAUUAUGAAACCACUGGUCCGGAGAUAUGGAAAGACUCGGGUGAGAAAGUUGAUGUGCUGGUUGCAGGCAUAGGAACUGGUGGUACUGUAACAGGUGCAGGCAAAUUCCUCAAAGAGAAAAACUCAGAAAUCAAGGUAUAUGGCAUAGAACCAGCUGAAAGUGCAAUCCUGAAUGGUGGAAAACCUGGCCCUCAUCCGAUCCAAGGAAUUGGUGCUGGUAUCAUCCCUGAUGUUUUGGAUGUUGGCAUCCUUGAUGAAGUUAUUCAGGUAUCUGGUGAAGAAGCCAUUGAAACUGCUAGACUGCUAGCCUUGAAAGAAGGUUUGCUGGUAGGUAUAUCAUCUGGUGCUGCAGCAGCGGCUGCGAUUAAGUUGGCAAAGAGGCCAGAAAAUACCGGCAAACUCAUAGUUGCUAUUUUCCCCAGCGCCGGUGAGCGUUACCUGUCUUCUCCAUUGUUUGACACCUUAAGGCAUGAAGCAGAAAACAUGACCUUUGAUUGAUGCACCGUCCAACUCAGAAAAGUGCUCUUUCCUGACUCAGCAAAUCAUUGUAUUUUGCAUUCCACCAUGGACUGAGCCUGGCUUCUUUUGUUUUUCAUUCUAGCUUAUGUAUCAGACUGAAAAAUCUUAAAACUUCCCUGGCUGUAAGAGAGCUUAAUAAGUAGAAAAAACCUUCUACCUCAAAUUGGUUUGAGGAUUUUUUAGUAAAUUUUCUUUACAGUACACCAAACAUGUCUUAAAGAAUAUAUAUGUCUUCUUUCAAACCAACAUUUAAUUUCAUUUUCUUUUUUAAUUCACAUAAAGCAAAAUGCCAAGAACAAAGAAUAAAAUAUUAAAAAAAAUCAAUGUUUAUUACAAGUCUAUGCACUAAUAUUGGACAAAA